GACGUCAGAGCAAGAUGGCUGCGCCCUGACGACGUUCGUCCCCUAACUUGGCGCCUCGCUCGCAUCAGGUUCAGAGUUAGGCUGACUCGUUUCUCCGACCAUGCUCUCCCUCCAAGGCUGCGGUCGCCGGGUCGCGGCUUCCCUCAGCAAACAGCACCUUCCGUCCGCCCGGUUCAGCGGUGACCGCGCGGCGCCCGGGACUCCGCACUUCGACGUGGUGGUCAUCGGCGGAGGACACGCUGGGACCGAGGCCGCUGCCGCCGCCGCCCGGUGCGGCUCGCGGACGCUGCUGCUCACGCACCGCGUGGACACGAUCGGUCAGAUGUCCUGUAACCCUUCCUUUGGCGGCAUCGGAAAGGGGCAUUUAAUGAGAGAAGUUGAUGCCUUGGAUGGGCUGUGUGCUCGAAUCUGUGACCAGUCUGGCGUGCAUUACAAAGUAUUAAACCGGCGUAAGGGCCCGGCCGUUUGGGGUCUGAGGGCUCAGAUUGAUAGGAAGCUCUAUAAACAGAACAUGCAGAAGGAAAUCCUAAACACGCCGCUGCUCGCCGUGCGGGAGGGAGCCGUGGAGGACCUCCUCCUAGCCAAGCCGGAGCCCCAGCGCCCGGGGAGCUUCCGCGUCAGGGGCGUCGUGCUGGUGGAUGGAAGCGCGGUGUAUGCGGAGAGUGUGGUUCUGACGACCGGCACGUUCCUGAGAGGCAUGGUUGUCAUUGGAUUGGAGACGCAUCCCGCAGGACGGUUAGGGGAUCAGCCUUCUGUAGGGUUGGCUCAGACUCUGGAGAAGCUGGGGUUUGUGGUGGGAAGAUUGAAGACCGGGACUCCACCCCGGAUCACCAAAGAGUCCGUUAAUUUCAGCAUUCUUAACAAGCAGACACCAGACGAUCCAUCCGUACCAUUCAGCUUUAUCAAUGAGACAGUGUGGAUUAAGCCGGAAGAUCAGCUGCCAUGUUACCUGACUCACACCGACCCUCGAGUGGAUGAGAUCGUCCUAGAGAACCUUCACCUUAACAGUCAUAUUAAGGAGACCACAAGAGGGCCCCGGUACUGUCCAUCCAUCGAAUCAAAGGUUUUACGUUUCCCAAACCGUCGCCAUCAGGUUUGGCUGGAGCCUGAAGGACUGGAUUCUGACCUCAUCUACCCCCAGGGAUUAUCCAUGACACUCCCAGCCGAGCUGCAGGAGAAAGUGAUCACGUGCAUCAGAGGCUUGGAGAAAGCGAAGGUGGUCCAGCCAGGCUAUGGCGUGCAGUAUGACUAUCUGGACCCCCGUCAGAUCAGCCCUUCCCUCGAGACUCAGCUGGUGCAGCGGCUCUUCUUCGCUGGGCAGAUCAACGGCACCACCGGCUACGAGGAGGCUGCUGCCCAGGGAGUGAUAGCUGGAAUCAAUGCAAGUCUGCGGGUCAGGCGCAAGCCUCCGUUUGUCGUCAGCCGGACGGAAGGCUACAUCGGAGUCUUGGUUGAUGACCUCACCACUCUGGGCGCCAGCGAGCCGUACCGCAUGUUCACCAGCCGAGCUGAGUUCCGUCUGUCCCUGCGCCCCGACAAUGCCGACAGCAGGCUCACGCUCCGAGGGUAUGAGGAAGCUGGCUGUGUGUCCCAGCAACGCUUCGAAAGAGCCUCUCAGAUGAAGGCUUCCUUGGAAGAAGGCAUUUCUGUGCUAAAAUCCAUUCAGUUGUCAAGUUCUAAAUGGAAAAACUUAAUCCCAGAGGCUUCUAUAAGUAUUGAUAGAGGUGUACCUCUCAGUGCUCUCGACAUCCUGAAGUAUGAGGAAGUCCACAUGGAGCUGCUGGCCGCGGUCGCCCCAGCGCCUUUGCAGAAGUACGCAGAGUGCAGAGAGCUGGCCGAGAGGCUGAAAAUAGAAGCCACCUAUGAAUCAGCACUGCUCCAUCAGCAACAAGAAAUAAAGGAAGUCCAGCGAGACGAAGCUCUGGAGCUGCCCGAGGACCUGGACUACCUGCGUCUCAAGGACGUGUCGCUGUCCUGCGAAGUCCGGGAGAAGCUGCACCUCAGCCGCCCUCGCACGAUUGGGGCUGCCAGUCGUAUCCCUGGAGUGACACCCGCUGCCGUCACCAAUCUGCUCAGAUUUGUGAAGACCGCCCAGCGGAGACAGGCAGCCAAGCACAGGCUGCCCAACCCCGAGCAGCGUCUCUGUGCUGCAGACAGACUGCAGGAGAGGCAGUUGUAGCUUCCUGUUCACGGAAGACUUUUAAUCAAGACAGGGAUAUAGACGGUCGAUAAGAAGUGUUUAUAUUUAGCACUUGUUCAGAUAACCUUAUUGGGUUAUUAUGGGUCUGUCACUAAUUUAUGAAGAGAGAGAUUACAAUUGUGCCUUUUUGUGUAUCUGAAAAAGUAGUUACAAACUCUUCAUUUGUACCCCUUCCCUCCCGCGCUCUAACGCCGCGGGCCCGCUGCUGUUCCCGUGCGCGGGGCCUCCCGGCGGAGCGCGAGCCCAAGCGGAGCAGGAAGGCGGGGCCGCCGCCCGUGGGGGCGCUGGUCGCGCCGCGGCCAGCCUCGCCCGCCAGCUUGCUGUGAAGUACGUUCGCUUAGGGGCAGUUUCAAGUCCCUCACAUUCUGAGGGCUGAAAUUUUGAAACUAUGCAAAACCGCCCAGAAUCAUUUAGCUAAUUUCCAGGAUGGGAUGUAGCGGGGAGGGUGAGAGGUGACUUACAAGGUUUCUGCAUUUCUGCAGGAAAUCCUCACCAGUAACUGUCUUUGAACAUUAACGAAAACCCUGUAAAAUGGAAAGAUUGGAAAUCUGUAUAGUUUCCUGUCUUCCGCAGUGCGGAAACCUGUUUGGUAACCUAGUUAAGGGAGAGUAAGUGUGGUUAUUUUAUAUCAUACGGUAUUUUCUUAGGAAACCAUCAGGACCAGUUUCUUAACACUGAAGACAAAUCUGUAGUAAUUGGUGACUCAUGUUCCCGUUUUAAUGUCAGAAUGGACAGAAAAAUGGACAGAAUGGUGCUGGCUCCCCCUUCCUCUGCCAUCCUGUGAUGUGUGCUCCCGAGGGUGAGGUGAGGAGACCAGCUGGGGCAAGAGGGCCCUACCUCUCCCCAGAAAUGCCAGCUCAGGUCUCUCAUUUCAGCCCAGAGAGAAGCUCCCCUGUCAGCCUCAACCUCAAGACAGGCAGGGACUGAAGACAGUCCCAGGGCUCAGAAGGGACUUCGGUUACAGAUCUGUGUUAACUCUAUGGGUGUGAGAGAGCCAGACAGCCUUUUGUUUUAAUCAUAUGUGGCCACUCGGAUGUAGCUCAGUUUCCACAGAUUUGUUUCAUAUGAUUUUUGUCAUUUUGUCUUUCCAUAAAGCAGUCAAGACCAGCAGCAAGUUAAAAGUACUUACAGUGCUGGGUCACUUGGCAAUGAUGAAUUCUUUUUGAUACUUCAUCUAGUAAUUUCAAAAAGUGGUAACUUUUCUUUUUAUUCUUAGGCAGAAUUCUUACUUCAGGGGCAUAUCCAGUAUAAUUCUACAUUGUAUUUUUAAAAACAAGGUAUUUUGUGCUACCUGUUUGGCACUAGGAGGGAAACCACUGUUUUUUAACUUUUUUUUUUUCCUGGCUAAAUAUAGGAGUAAAAGCAGUGAGUGGGAGCUUACUGAAUGGGAUAUAACAAAAACUUACCUUGAGGAAACAAAAUUCCUAAACGCUUCAGAAGGUUCUUGACAGCUGUAAUUUGGACAUAGUGACACUACACAUACAAAGAAAUUAAAGGUUUACAAUGUAA